AUGAAUUUAGAUUAUAUUGUAGGAAAUGACCCAAAGCAUAUCAAAAGACUUGAUGAGCUUGGCUGCGAUCUAGAUGCCUUGUUUUUCUCUUCUAAAGAUUUUUUCUCAGUCUUAGAUGACCUGAAGCUGUCAAUGAGAGACUCCACUGAAUUUUUUAUGAGGCUUAAAUAUAUAAAUGAUAUAGCAAAAGGAAAUGUUCUGCCAGCUAAUAUCAGGAUUUUUGAAAAUAAUAGGAUUCUGCCUACAAGACUGCUUAUUCAAAAUUAUGAUAAUGGGAAGAAAAUAUCUUUUAGAGUUAUCCCAGGGCAAGGAUCGUUGGAAAAAGGAAAUGUUCUCUAUCAAUGUGAAGCGUGUGCAGAUGAGCGUGGAAUUAAAAGACGUGAUAGUAGAAAUCACCUUUAUCUCAGGCAUAAAAAUUUAACAUAA